AACUAGAAACAAAUACAUUUGUUUAUGGAAGAAUAUAAUAAAUGAAUUGAAUUUAUUUUUACCUUCUAAUAUUCUGGCUAUUGUGAUACUGAAAUUUAAUUUUUUAUCAGUUUAAAUUAAUUUUGGAAAAAUGGGUCGGAGAUCUAUUAAUACCACAAAGAGUGGUAAAUACAUGAAUCCUACGGACCAAGCACGAAAAGAGGCUCGUAAGAAAGAACUUAAAAAAAAUAAACGCCAACGUCAAAUGGUAAGAGCUGCAGUACUAAAAAAUAAGGAUCCAGGUCAAAUAUUAGAGGAAAUGGAAAAAAUUGACGAAAUGGAAUAUAAUGUAAUGCAACCUUCCCCACUAAAUGAAAAGGUACUGCGAGACAAAAGGAAAAAGUUAAAGGAAACUUUUGAUCGUGUUAUGAGGCUUUACCAUAAUGAUGAGCCAGAACAUUGGGCAGAGUUAAAACGAAAGGAAGUAGAAUAUGAAAAGAAACGUCUCAAAAAACAACAAUACUAUGAAAGUGUAAAACACGCACAAAGUGUACAAAUCGAUGAAAUUCCAUUACCUGCAGCUGUACAAGCACCACCUGCUGGAAGUUUAGGAAAUAUAAUAUUUCCUACUGCAAAUAGGCUUCCACCUCCACCCACAGCUUUAUCCUUGCCUCCAUUUGCACCUGGUGCUCCGCCCGGGGCAAUUAAAAAAAAUGAUAUAAAGAAGACCGUAGAUAAAAACACAGAAACUAAAAAGAAAGAACCGCCAGGUAUACCGGCCGGGCCACCACCAAAUCUUUUUAGUAUGCAAGAACUUGAUACGGAUGCAGAAGAUGAUGAAGUAGUACUCAAGGAAUAUAAUCCCAGACAAAAGAGUUCUAAAGUGAAAUCUGUUCCAAAACCAAAUUCAUUACAACAACGCAUGUUAGCUAUAUCAGGUCAAAAUAUUGACGAAUUUAUGAAGGAAAUGGAAAAUGUGCAUAAAAAGAAGGAAAAAGAAAGAGAAGCUGCUGUGCGCGGACAAAAGGAUAAUUCUGAUAGUGAAGACGAAAAUGAUAAACAUUCAGAACGAUCUGAGAAUUCAUCUGACACUAAUAGUCAAAAUAGUGAUUCAGGAAGUGAAAAUAAUAAUGAUACAUCAAAGAAAUUAAAAAAUGAACCAGAAAAGGUCACACCAUCCGUUAUAAAUACUGUUUCCACUAUACCGGUUACUAUUCCACUACCCCCAAUACCCAGACCUGCAGCACAUUUGGGUAUUCCAGCUCCUCCAAUACCUCCUGUACCAAACUUAGCACCGAUGAUGUUUCGUCCACCGCCACUCCGAGGAAUUCCAAACUUUGGUAUACGUAUGCCUCCAGGCCCUCCUCCAGGUCCUCGACCUGGUGGUGUGGGACUACCUCCUCGCUUGGGAAUUCGUAUGCCACCUGGUCCACCGCCAGGCAUACCACACCAUCAUAAAAACAUACCUCACCAUAAAGACAUUAGCAAAGGAAUAACAACUAUAACUGCAAAACCACAAAUCAGAAAUCUGAGUGCUGAUGUAACUCGCUUUGUGCCCUCUACAUUACGAGUGAAACGUGAAGAAAAUAGAAAACCAAAUCGUAUGAAAACAUAUACUCAAGAACCGAGUAACUCCUCUGUCGAAGCUAAUAAAGCUGCAACUAAAGACGAUGCUUACUUACAAUUUAUGAAUGAAAUGCAAGGACUCCUUUGAAUAUAUUAAGAUUUAUUUUUAUGUUAUU